UUUGAGAAUUAUUGUCUUAUAAAAGGUCCAACAAUGAGAACUUCACAACAACUAAUAAAUUGCAUAUCAAUGAAGGAAUCAUCAACCAGCAAAUGGCUAUCUGAUUUGGAAAUGGAUGAGUACAAUUUAUUUCCUGAGGAAUGCAACCUGAAUUUCCUUGAUGCUGAUGAGAAACAAGAGUUUGUUUCACAUGACAUAGGUACUGUCUUUCAAGAACAAAGCCAACAACAAUGUUUUUAUUCAGAGUCCACUCUCAACAACUCAUUCACCGAUGAAACAAGUUUUGAGUCUUUUGACUUUGAUUUUGAGAAACCGACGUUUUCAACAAACCUAUCUUCAUCUUCAUCUAACUCAUCUUUUCAGUCUCUGAUUCUCUCUUUUGACAACCAAAACUCACCUGCUACCAACACCCCCCAAUUUUACGAAAUUGACCCUACUAGUACUACCUUAAACUCCAAACAGAACGAAAACACUCAUGUCUCAACUCAAACUCCAAAAGCGUCGUCAAAAAAUCAAAACUUGGAAACAAAAACCUCACAACCAAAGAGAUCUCGAGCUAACGCUGAGGAUCAUAUCAUGGCUGAGAGAAAACGAAGAGAGAUACUCAGCCAGAGUUUCAUUGCUCUUGCAGCUCUUGUUCCUAACCUUAAAAAGAUAGACAAAGCUUCUGUAUUAGCUGAGUCUAUCAAAUACGUGAAAGAGCUUAAAGAGCGUUUGGAAGUUUUGGAAGAUCAGAACAAGAAAACAAAACCAGAAUUGGUUGUUGUUCCGAACAAACCAGACAUAUGUAGCGAUGAAGAUAACUCUUUAUGCGAUGAGAACAUUGAAGGUGGUGCCGGUGCUGGUGCUGGUGAUAAUGAAUCACUCUUCCAAGUGGAAGCAAGAGAGUUAGGAAAAGAGAUUCUGAUUAGGAUCCAGAGCAAGAAGAAGAAGGGUGUUUUAGUAAAAAUGAUGGAAGAGAUUCAAAGUUUAGAAUUAUUUGUUGUGAAUAGCAGUGUGUUACCUCUUGGGGAUUCUGUCAUUGACAUUACGAUCAUUGCUCAGUAUUAUUUUAUAGAUGGGUGAAGGAUACAGCUUGAGCGUAAAGGAACUUGCGAAGAAGUUGCGCAUGAAAGCAUUGAAGUUUAUGUCAUCAUAAUAACGUGUUUUGAAUUAUUUUGAAUAAAAUGACUAAAGACAAUCGAGUUUCCAUUAA